AGCGACCAAUCGUGAAGGUAUCUUUUCCUUCUCCAGUACGGUUGUGUUCUAUAGAGACAUCAGAAGCCACGUGGAAAGUUUUACAUCUCAAAAAAAAAAAAAGUUUUACAUUACAAACGCGUCACUAAUCAUUUAGAAUGAAAUCACCAAAUUGCUUUUUGGUCUUACAAGACGGAACCGUUUUGCCAGGCCACGCUUUUGGUGCCAAAGCUCCCGUCGAUGGAGAAGUUGUCUUCCAAACCGGUAUGGUCGGUUAUCCCGAAUCGAUGACUGAUCGUUCAUAUCGCGCACAAAUUCUUGUACUCACUUAUCCGCUAAUCGGUAACUACGGUGUACCAGAUGAGAAGGAACUCGACGAGCAUGGUUUGCCGGUAAAUUUCGAAUGGUUCGAGGGCAUUACAGUAGCUGCAUUGGUGGUGGGUGAAGUGUGUGAAUCGCCAUCACAUUGGCGUACCCAACAGACGCUUUCGCGCUGGAUGGAAGGUCAUGGUGUGCCGGGUAUUAGUGGCAUAGACACCCGCGCACUCACGAAAAAGAUACGAGAAAAUGGUUCCAUACUCGGCCGUAUUGUGUACGAGCUCCCAACUAAUGUAAGAAGUCUAACCUUCAACGAUCCAAACAAACGGAAUUUGGUAGCUGAGUGUUCGGUUAAGAAGCCACAAGUCUUUAAUGCUACAGGCACACCACGAAUUUGUGCGAUCGAUUGUGGUUUGAAGUUGAAUCAGAUUAAAUGUUUUGUGUCACGUGGCGCACGUGUCGACUUAGUACCAUGGAACUAUGCGCUGAAUGAGCAGGAAUUUGAUGGUCUCUUUAUUAGUAAUGGUCCUGGUGACCCGGUUGUAUGUAAGGAUACAGUUACGCAAAUACAAAAGGUGCUAAAAAAUGGAAAGAAACCCAUCUUUGGUAUUUGCUUGGGUCAUCAAUUGCUCGCCACCGCUAUUGGUUGCAAGACAUAUAAGAUGAAGUAUGGCAAUCGUGGACAUAAUCUGCCAUGUGUGCACAACGGCACUGGUCGGUGUUUUAUGACUUCACAAAAUCAUGGUUUCGCGGUGGAUAGCGACUCACUGCCUGCUGAGUGGGAGCCACUUUUUACAAAUGCCAACGACAAUACAAACGAAGGUAUUAUCCACAAAAGCAAACCAUACUUCUCUGUACAAUUCCAUCCCGAGCAUACCGCCGGUCCUGAAGAUUUAGAAUUACUUUUCGAUGUCUUUCUCGAUGCUGUUGUGCAAAAUAAAGCUACGCAGCACCUGAGUCUGCGUGAAAAUUUGAUCGACCGCCUCACAUACAUACCCAAACCGGAUAGUAUACCCGAGAAGCGUCCGCGAAAAGUACUAAUUUUGGGUUCUGGUGGUUUGUCUAUCGGACAAGCAGGCGAAUUCGAUUACUCGGGUGCUCAAGCGAUCAAGGCAAUGAAAGAGGAGAAAAUCCAAACUGUCCUAAUAAAUCCCAACAUCGCCACUGUACAAACUACAAAGGGUCUUGCCGACAAGUGCUACUUCUUGCCACUGACUCCGAAAUAUGUUGAGCAGGUAAUUAAAGCGGAGCGUCCUAGUGGCGUACUGCUUACGUUCGGCGGCCAGACCGCGCUCAACUGCGGUAUAGAAUUGGAUCGCGCUGGCGUCUGGGCGAAAUACAACGUUCAAAUACUGGGCACACCCAUACAAUCGAUUAUCGAAACUGAAGAUCGAAAGAUAUUUGCGGAACGUGUAGCUGAAAUUGGCGAAUGCGUUGCACCUUCCGAAGCUGUGUACUCUGUGCAGGAGGCCCUGGAGGCAGCCAAAAGAUUGGGUUAUCCUGUAAUGGCAAGAGCAGCAUUCUCGUUGGGUGGUUUAGGCUCCGGUUUUGCAGACAACGAACGUGAAUUAGAGACGCUCGCGCAGCAAGCAUUGGCUCAUUCUAGCCAAUUGAUUAUUGACAAAUCGCUAAAGGGCUGGAAGGAGGUGGAAUAUGAGGUGGUGCGUGACGCUUUCGAUAAUUGCAUAACUGUUUGUAAUAUGGAAAAUCUUGAUCCUCUGGGCAUACACACUGGUGAGAGUAUUGUGGUGGCACCGUCGCAGACACUUUCCAACAAAGAGUACAAUAUGCUACGCACCACUGCUCUAAAAGUAAUACGACAUUUUGGUGUUGUCGGUGAAUGCAAUAUUCAAUAUGCACUUAGCCCACACUCCGAGGAGUACUACAUCAUCGAAGUGAAUGCACGCUUAUCGCGCAGCUCUGCCUUAGCCAGCAAAGCUACGGGUUAUCCGUUGGCAUAUGUCGCCGCUAAAUUGGGGCUGGGCGUUUCACUACCUUCUAUUAAGAACUCUGUAACUGGUGUAACUACAGCCUGUUUCGAGCCCAGUCUCGAUUACUGUGUGGUCAAGAUACCAAGGUGGGAUUUGGCGAAAUUUGUACGCGUCAGCAAGAAUAUCGGUAGCUCGAUGAAGAGUGUUGGCGAAGUAAUGGCUAUUGGACGCAACUUUGAGGAGGCUUUUCAAAAAGCUUUGCGCAUGGUAGAUGGCGGCGUAAACGGUUUCGAUCCUGAUCAGCAUCCAUUGCGUGAAGAGGAGCUGACUGAACCGACUGACAAACGACCGUUUGUGUUGGCUGCUGCGCUGAAAGCCAACUAUGGUGUUGAAAAGUUACACCAGCUCACAAAAAUCGAUAGAUGGUUCCUCAAUAAGAUGAAGCACAUCAUCGAGUUUCAAAACACUUUGGAAGAAACGGGAAAUACGCUUUCAGGGGCACAAAUUCUACAGGCCAAGCAAAUUGGAUUUUCCGACAAACAAAUCGCCGCAGCUAUUAAAAGCACAGAGUUGGCGAUACGCAAGCAACGGCAAGAGCUGGGAAUCAAACCAUUUGUCAAGCAAAUAGAUACUGUAGCCGGCGAAUGGCCAGCCGCCACAAACUAUCUCUACCUGACCUACAAUGCCAACGCACAUGAUUUGGAAUUCCCCGGCGGUUUUACGAUUGUGGUUGGCUCCGGCGUAUACCGCAUAGGGUCAUCGGUGGAGUUCGACUGGUGUGCGGUUGGUUGUUUACGUGAGUUGCGCAAUCUCGGUAAACCCACAAUUAUGAUAAAUUACAAUCCCGAAACGGUUUCCACCGAUUAUGAUAUGUGCGAUCGGCUAUACUUCGAAGAGAUUUCAUUUGAAGUAGUUAUGGACGUGUACGAAAUGGAAGAUUCGGAAGGUAUCAUACUCUCCAUGGGUGGACAACUGCCAAACAAUAUCGCAAUAGAUCUGCAUCGUCAACAAGCUAAAGUACUCGGCACAUCACCGGAAUCCAUCGAUAGCGCUGAGAACCGCUUCAAGUUUUCACGCAUGUUGGACCGCAAGGGUAUACUGCAGCCACGUUGGAAGGAAUUGACGAACUUAAAAAGCGCCAUAGAGUUUUGCGAGGAAGUCGGCUACCCUUGCCUGGUGCGCCCAUCAUACGUGCUCUCUGGCGCCGCAAUGAAUGUAGCCUAUUCCAAUCAAGAUUUGGAGACCUACUUAAAUGCAGCAUCAUUAGUUAGCAAGGAGCACCCUGUAGUUAUAUCGAAAUUCCUUACAGAAGCAAAAGAAAUCGAUGUGGAUGCCGUGGCGGCUGAUGGUGAAAUACUGUGCAUGGCUGUUUCCGAGCAUGUAGAAAACGCAGGUGUUCAUUCGGGUGAUGCCACCUUGGUUACACCACCACAGGAUUUGAAUGGCGAGACACUUGAAACUAUUAAGCGCAUAACACGCGAUCUGGCAGCGCUGCUUGAUGUGACUGGUCCUUUCAAUAUGCAAUUGAUUGCGAAGAAUAACGAGCUCAAAGUGAUUGAGUGUAAUGUGCGCGUCUCUCGCUCUUUCCCCUUCGUAUCAAAGACUUUGGAUCAUGAUUUUGUGGCGACGGCAACGCGUGCUAUCGUUGGUAUACCUGUGGCACCAGUGGAGGUUUUACAUGGUGUGGGCAAAGUCGGUGUAAAAGUGCCACAGUUCAGUUUCUCCCGUUUGGCUGGUGCAGAUGUGCAGUUAGGCGUGGAAAUGGCAUCCACCGGUGAGGUGGCUUGCUUUGGCGACAAUCGCUACGAAGCUUACUUGAAAGCAAUGAUGUCUACGGGCUUCCAAAUACCGAGGAAAGCGAUUCUACUCUCGAUAGGAAGUUUUAAGCACAAAAUGGAGCUAUUGCCGUCGAUCAGGGAUCUAGCGAAAAUGGGUUACAAGCUGUAUGCUUCCAUGGGUACUGGCGAUUUCUAUGCAGAACAUGGCGUUGAUGUGGAAUCCGUGCAAUGGACUUUCGAUAAGAAAUCACCCGAAGAUCCCAAUGGUGAGCUGCGUCACUUAGCUGAGUUCUUAGCUAAUAAACAAUUCGAUAUGGUCAUAAAUCUGCCUAUGCAUGGUGGAGGCGCCAGAAGAGUGUCUUCCUUCAUGACUCACGGCUAUCGCACACGCCGUCUCGCUGUCGACUUCUCCAUUCCAUUGGUGACGGAUGUAAAAUGCACCAAACUUUUAGUCGAAUCGAUGCGUAUCACAGGUCGUCGUCCAGCCAUGAAAACUCACACCGAUUGUAUGACCUCACGCCGCAUUGUCAAACUGCCGGGCUUCAUCGACGUGCAUGUGCAUCUACGCGAACCAGGUGCCACACAUAAGGAAGACUUUGCAACCGGUACAGCAGCUGCAUUGGCUGGUGGUGUGACACUCAUUUGCGCUAUGCCCAACACGAAUCCUUCGAUCGUCGAUCGUUCUAGCUUUCAGCUCUUCCAAGAUUUGGCAAAGGCAGGCGCUCGUUGUGAUUAUGCGCUCUAUGUGGGCGCAUCCGACACAAAUUGGCAGAGCGUUGGCGAGUUAGCAUCCCAGGCUUGCGGCCUGAAGAUGUAUCUUAACGACACUUUUAGCACGCUGAAAAUGACCGAUAUGACAGUGUGGGAGAAGCACAUGCAAAAUUGGCCGAAGCGUGCACCGAUUGUGUGUCAUGCUGAAAGGCAAACUAUGGGUGCGGUUAUUCUAAUGGCACAUCUACUCGAUCGUCCCAUACACAUUUGUCACAUCGCACGCAAAGAGGAAAUUAUGUUGAUACGCGCUGCAAAAGAAAAAGGCAUUCGCGUGACUUGCGAAGUUUGCCCGCACCACUUGUUCCUCUCCACCGACGAUGUACCAGCCAUUGGCGAAGGGCGUGCAGAGGUGCGACCAGUGUUGUGCACACCCGAAGAUCAGCAAGCUUUGUGGGACAACAUGAAUUAUAUUGAUGUGUUUGCUACUGAUCAUGCGCCACAUACGUGGGAGGAGAAAAACUCCGAGAAACCCCCUCCAGGAUUUCCCGGCUUGGAAACCAUACUACCAUUGUUGCUCAAAGCUGUUGACGACGGACUGCUGACGCUGGAAGACAUACAGAAUAAAUUCUACCGUAAUCCAAAACGUAUCUUCAGUCUGCCCGAGCAGCCCAACACUUAUAUUGAGGUGGACUUGGAUGAGGAAUGGACUAUAAACCAAGAAGAAAUGCACUCCAAGGCGCGAUGGACGCCAUUUGAUGGCAUGAAAGUGAAGGGUAAAGUGCAUCGUGUUGUGUUGCGUGGUGAAGUUGCUUUUGUUGAUGGUGAGGUGCUUGUUCAACCUGGUUUCGGGCAAAAUGUGCGCGGCCAAUAUGCGCGCAAAUCACUCCUCCUACAAUCGGUAGAAUCGCUUGAUAUCCACGCAUCCACUGAUGGUCUCGACAAGUCGCAAGACCGCAGUGUCGACUUUCUGUCCGACUCACAGGCCAACGAGGCGUUCGCCAAGCUUUUGGCAGAACCACCUUCGAAGGUACACUUUGCAGGCGACCCCGGUUUGCUGCGACCCAUCUCGCCAUUGCCUCGCAUACGCUGUGACUCCGCCAAUAAUGCAACGUUGCGUGAACUACUGCCUAAAAGCAACCUCACCACUGCGCCAGUCAGUCCCGUGGUGCACAGCUUACUUGGCAAACACAUACUCUCCGUUGAUAUGUUCACUAAGGAGCAUCUAAAUGAAAUCUUCAACUUGGCGCAGCUGUUGAAAAGCCGUGUAGCUAAAGACCGACCUUUGGAUGACAUCUUGCGUGGCAAGAUCAUGGCAUCCAUUUUCUAUGAAGUGAGCACAAGAACCAGUUGUAGUUUUGCUGCGGCCAUGCAACGAUUGGGCGGACGCGUUAUCUACAUGGAUCAGACGAGUUCAUCGGUGAAAAAGGGUGAAACUUUGGAGGACAGCAUCGCAGUAAUGGCAAGCUAUUCCGAUGUAGUUGUACUGCGCCAUCCCGAACCGGGUGCAGUUACGCGCGCGGCGAAUCAUUCACGCAAACCCAUACUAAAUGCUGGUGAUGGUGUGGGUGAGCACCCAUCUCAGGCGCUACUAGAUAUCUUCACUAUACGCGAGGAGAUCGGUACCGUAAAUGGUCUCACUAUUACAAUGGUGGGCGAUCUGAAGCAUGGACGGACAGUGCACUCAUUGGCACGUCUUCUAACACUCUACAAUGUAACAUUGCAAUAUGUCAGUCCUCCGGGUCUCGGAAUGCCAGAGCAGAUCGUACGCUACUUAGCUUCAAAAAGUGUACUACAGAAGACAAUGAGCUCUAUGGAGGAUGCUUUGCCGACCACAGAUGUGCUCUAUAUGACACGCAUACAGAAGGAACGUUUCGCCAGCGAAGAGGAGUACAAUAAGGCAUGCGGCCACUUUGUUGUCACCCCGAAGCUAAUGACGCUCGCGAGUCGUCGCACAAUUGUCAUGCAUCCAUUGCCACGUGUCUUUGAAAUCAGCAAAGAGUUCGACUCGGAUCCGCGUGCUGCCUACUUCCGUCAAGCGGAGUACGGUAUGUAUGUGCGCAUGGCGCUGCUAGCCAUGGUGAUUGGUUCGAGAAACUAAAUAGCUGCAGCCAUAUUAUUCCAAUUUACAAAAGAAAAAGACAUUUAUUUAUGUGAUUUUACAAUAUUUUUUAUGAUUCGUGUAUUCUUAUAUAAACUAAAAGUAUAGUUAUUUUUUAAUAAACUUACAACUUGUUGAAAUAAAACAAAAAAAAAGAACAAAAAAAACAAAAAUAGUGUUUGUGAUUAAAAUAAUUUUUGCAAAUUCU